GUCAAGGUCAAGUAUAAACAACGCGCAUCAGUUAAUUGUACCCCAUAUAUUCCUAUAAUAACGUCAUCUGUGUUGUACAGUCUUCAAAACAUUUAUAGUAGUCCACAUAAGGUGCUGAACACAAAGUGUGACUCCGACCUUAGCUGGUUCGUCACACCAUUCCCGUCUAACUCAAACUGGUGGUUUACAAGGUCAUUUGACUUGGGGGAUUUCCUCAAAAUUUACCCAAACUAUGGUGAAGGUCAUUUGACUUUGUGGGUUUCCCCAAAAUACCACAAACUUCGGAGAUCAGGAAUUUACACCGACUUUAGGGGAAAUAUACUGCUAUAUAAUAUCAGAAACACUUUGCCUGUAAAACUGUCCGACAGCAAACAACUAAGUAAAUGUUCCUUAACAUAUGAUAUAUGCAACCUCAAUGACAUCAAAGUAGUCACACGUCAUGGACGCUUGUAAUAACUUAUAAUAUGUUGAUGCUUCUCUAUAAUUAUAAGACUAACAUAUAAUAUAUAAUAUUCUAUAGUAAACCGAAGUGAAAAUAUAUUCAUUUUCCAGGAGCUGCUUUUUUUCAUGUAGGUUACAUUUAGAAACCAAACAUAUUUAGUUUCAACUUUCAUCCGCAAUGUUCGUCAGAAGCUAAAAUGUUAGUUUGCAAUUCAACCAAUUUAAAGUUAAUAUAAAUACUAUUUCAGUGGAAUGGGUCUGCAAUGACACUCCAGUAAAAUAAUUUUGCUUAAUAUAAUAAAGCACAUAAAACCUGGCUCAUAUUUUUCUGACUGAGUACACACAGGAAAUGUCUAAGAAAUGUACAUGUGUUACAAAAGGUCAUAUAAGAUAAUACAUACGAAAAUAAAUUACAGUGACGUCGAUGAGUACUUUUGAAACCAUCUGGAAAGUGAAAAUAUACAGUGGUUUCUACAUAAACCUAUGGACGAAAUAUACGAACGCAUAUAUAUCUAUGCAAUAACGCACUUUUAUUGUUUUAUGUUUACACUAUUUCGGGUCACACCCUACGCUUAUUUUUUUAUCUGUUGCGUCUUGUAAGAAAUCCUGACUCGCAGUACCAAACGUUCAUAUAAUAUCGUUUUCCUGACUGGUAGCAUUUUCGAAUACGGAACACAGAACAUCUGACAAAAGUGUCUGCUCUGACUUCGACUUACUGCGAGUUGUCCGGUGGAAUCUCUAACCAAUUGUAUCCAUUUUGGUUUUAGUUUCAUGUGGUGUACUCACCAGUUCUGACGUCAUUAUGUAGACCAAAAUCAUCUUCAUGGACUUACAAAGAUUGCUCCUGAUAAUCACCGGCAGUUUUGUCAUCUUUAUUUCAAUAAAACAAUUGUUUCAACUUACGAACUGACCGCAGGGCUUUGGUCUGUGGAAAUUUUUUGGGAAAUAUUAAGGGAAACUCAAACAUUUCCGCAAUGUUUGAGGUUUUUCUCAAGAUAAGUUGGAAUUUCGAGGGAAAACUUCAGACCAGGGGAAAAUUUAGGGGUUUUAGUUGGAUUUUGUCUGAGAGUCUUAAUGGGACUUCGACAAAGUUUCGAAAUUAUUUCUAGCUUUGGGAGGUUGCAAGGUUUUUCAUAGAGAGAUCCUUACGAAGCAACACUUUAAAACUCUUGCUUGACAAAAACGGUUUUGAUGAAAACUUUUAUUCAUGGCUGACUCGUGCUUUUCGAACUUUUUUUAACCUAUUCGAUCUACUACAAAAGGCCCACCAACGACAGCCCAUUCAAGUUUGACACUUGGCUUAUAUUCAUCUCUCAGUACUUUCCAUAUAAUCUGUUUAAAAGAAAUGUAAACUUUGCAUAGGCUGAACUAAUCAAAGGUCAUAACCAAACUCAGCUGAAUAGUGUUAGGUUGUAAAAGUGGCCCAAAACAAAGGCUUCAUUUCUUAGUGCCAGAAUGACAUUGUGAAAUAAAGUCGGAAGUUUGAUCUCGGAGUAUGUAAUUAACUAUGAUCUUAAAUAAAAAGUAAUUGAGAUUGUGAUUUUUGAUUGAAAGGCAUAACUAAUUCCGUACCUAGCAGCUUCAUGUUUCGCCAACUGCGCUGUAUUCGUUUUGUGAUUUCUAUCUAAAAUAACUUCAGUCUCAUGAAAAGUAGUUUUUUCUUUGGGACUUCCACUGGCUUUUUCGGGGUGUCCGAAAAAUUUCAGCAAAGUUGUGAUUUUGCUUAUGUAAACUAAAGAAGUCGGAAUUCAGUGCUGUCGUUUGCAAUUUUCCCUAAUUUAUCGAGAUUUCAGCCCAAAAGUGGAGUUUUAUACAACACUAUCCGGGAACUUCAACGUAUAUUAAAGACAUAUCUUCGAUAUGUUUAUUUUCAAGAUACUUUACAAAAUGUCGUGAAAACUGAUGUUUUUCAAGAUAUAGAUGUUAUCUCUUAGUUUUGAAAAUUACCAGGAUCUAAUGAAUGUUAACAUAUCUUCAGGAAUGGUUUCAUGCCAUUUAAUCAUUGAAUAGUGUACCACGUCUUCAGUUUCUAAUAUGAAAUAAUGUGAUCGAGUUGCUAUUCUGCCAAUUAUUGUUUAGUUUAGGUUUCACCUUUCAUCUUAAUAUAUUAUUUGUCUUCUUUGAUACUUGUGCGCACUAUAUAUUUUCAACUCCUAGAUUAACCACUAGGUUUUAUAAAAUCCAUAUUAUUCUACUUAAUGUUAUUUUAGUUUCAGCAAAUUCGUUUUUAUCCUGUGUUAAUUGAAUAUAGGUAGUUAUGUUAAGAUUGUUAGACAGUUACUGCGUCAAAACAUUGCCACCAAAUAUUCUUUAUAUACCAGAUUUUAUAAAUGAAGAAGAAGAACAAGAACUACUAAAACAUAUUUAUUCUGCCCCAUUACCGAAGUGGGUUUCUCUACGUGGUAGACGCUUACAAAAUUGGGGUGGUAUUCCACAUGUUAAAGGAAUGUUAGUUGAAAACGUUCCACAGUGGCUACAGAAGUACAUGGAUCAUGUUUCUGAAUUGUGUUUAUUUGAUAAUAACAACAAUAAUAAGGCGAAUCAUGUUUUGGUGAAUGAAUAUGAACCAGGGCAAGGUAUAUUUCCUCAUCAUGAUGGACCACUUUACUAUCCUGUUGUUGCUACAAUCAAUCUGAAUUCUUAUGGAAUUCUGGACUUUUAUGAGCCGUUGGAUACUUCUGCAGACCCACAAACAAAAUCAACGUUAUUUAAUGAUCGUUAUAUUGGCUCAGUUUAUUUGAAACCUCGUAGCUUAAAUAUUGUUACUGAAAAAAUGUAUACACAUUAUAUGCAUGGGAUUACUGAACGUACAACUGACUUAUUAAUAAAUUAUGAAGACUGUUUGAAACGUCCUGAGGAAUCGGUUGAAAAUGCUGCUGUUAUUCAUAAUUGGACUGCUAGCGAUUUGGGAAGUAUUCACUCACAGUUAUGUCAUCGUGGUAAACGUGUUUCAGUAACUAUACGCUAUGUGCCCAAUGUGAGUAAGAUCAACUGGAAUAAUUUAUUAUGCAGAAGUUAA